GGCUGUGCGGUGUCGGUUGGAAGUAGAGCAAAAUGUUCAACAUAUUAAGCAAUAAAGAAUGCAUCUUGAGAAUUUUUCUUGUCAUAACCAUUGUGACGGCGGUGUUAGCUGAGCSAAUGGCGAAUACACAAUCCCAACCGUUUAUUUUAAUUGAGAGGAUGAAACCGGCGCCAAGACCGUGCCUUGAAASCCAAGCCAAUUCAAAUCGUACGGGMCUAUAUGUGAUGUGGCAAAAACUUCUGGUUCGUGUAACGUCUCAGUGGCAACAAUCAGUGUUGGCGAAGAGUUUCGGCGUAGUAAAAGUGCCAAAUGAGCAAGAAAUGGCGCCUUACAAUGUUGAACGAGUCAACUUAAUGGUUACAGAAGUGGCCAUGGAGAGACGCAUUGUUAAUGCCAUGCUCACGCUGAUGCAACUAUUGUUGGCUGUGGAUAUUGUCAUACUUGCGGUGGUGUUCGGAAUGCUGAUCACCAGUUUUUGYUCAACUAAGAAACCAACUGAUGCGGAUGUGGUUAAGGCGUAGGCGAGUUUAUUAUUGUUUCAUUGC